AUGACACAACCCGUAGUUGUUCAGUCACUCCAAACUCCAUUUUCUAUCGAACCAUAUGACAAAAAUAUCAAAUGGAGCCGUUGGGUUGAUAGAUUUGAGACUGCGAUUGCCCUUUUUGACCACCCUAUUGAAAAAAAGGUCAAAUUGCUCCUCCACUACAUGGGAAGUGAAGCAUACAACGUUCUUUGCGAUAAAGUGUCACCAGACAAACCAUCAACCAAAUCCUAUGACGACAUCAUUAAAACUUUAUCCGAGUUCUUCGACCCAACUCCAAAUGAAAUAUUGGAAAACUAUCGCUUACAUUUGCGAAAACAGCAGGACGAAGAAACCUGUGAAGAAUUUCUGAAUGCACUUAGGCGUUUAUCAAUUGGGUGUAAGUUUGGUUCAUACUUACAAACCGCUUUACGAAACCAAUUUGUAUUUGGUCUAAAAAAUCAACGCAUUCAAAAUCGGCUUCUAGAAAAAGAACAACUUACUCUAUCGUCAGCACUAGACACCGCCAAGGCCAUAGAGGUAUCAGAAAAAGGUGGUGCGGAGUUACACAAAGAGAAAGAAUUGACAUCUGAUGUGAAUUUCGUAAAAGAAAAUAACAAAAAGAAAAAAAACACUUGGGAAAAUAAAUCAAGUACAAAUCCAAUAAGAACAUCGUCAUCGACGAAUUUUGUUUGUUAUCGGUGUAACAGCACGGAGCAUUUAGCAACCAAAUGCAAGUAUAAAAACUCAAUGUGCUCAUACUGCAAUACAAAGGGGCAUCUACAGCGAGCUUGUUUUAAGAUGAGACGAAAUGGAAGAGGAGCUACAAAUCAAUUAGAAGAAGAGACCGGUGCCGAGAACAUUUGUGUUGAUGAAAUCUGCCACAUAUCAGAUGAGCUUUUACAAAUCGACGACCCAAGCCAGGUAACACUUCGUUCCAAAAUGUGUUGCGAACUUAUUGUUAAUGACAUUCCUUUUAUUUUUCAAAUAGAUACUGGGUCACCUGUAACUGUUGUCGGUCUAUCAGAUGCAAAGAAACAAUUUGGCAAACUUCAUUUACAAGAAAACGAUACGGAGCUGGUUAGUUUUUGCGGAAAGAAGCUGGAAUGCUUUGGUUAUGUUAACGUCAAGGUUAAAACAAAGCAAAACGUGGUUAACCUCAAAAUGUACAUCGUUCGAUCGCAACGAAACCCUUUGCUGGGUCGUGAAUGGCUUCGACAGAUCAAAUUAGAUUGGGGUCAACUUUUCGAAAAACAAUUAGAUACAGUAAUGCAAAUACAACAAGACAAAGCUAAAUUCUCAGUAAUUGACGAACUAGUUAAUAAGUACCCUAAGGUAUUUUCCAAAACAGCAGGAAAAAUCACAGGAAUACAGGCACGGUUACAUAUGAAAGAAAAUGCCUCCCCGAUUUUCAUCAAAGCGCGUCGCGUGGCAUUUCCAUUAAUAAAAGCGGUUGAAGAUGAACUGGAGAAGUUAGUGGCAAGCGAUAUUUUGGAACCAGUGGAUACGUGUGAGUGGGCUACACCGAUAGUUGCUGUUCGCAAGCGAAAUAACCAAGUUCGAAUCUGUGGCGAUUAUAAAGCCACAGUCAACAAAUUUUUAAAUAUCGAUGAAUAUCCGUUGCCAUCAAUUGAUGAACUAUUCACCUCAAUGGCUGGGGGAAAAAAAUUUACAAAAAUCGACCUGUCCAAAGCCUACUUGCAGUUAGAAAUACACCCAGAUGAUCGUGAUUAUCUAACGUUGAGCACCCAUAAAGGGUUAUAUCGGCCUAAAAGAAUGAUGUUUGGGAUAGCGUGUGCACCAGCAAAAUGGCAACGGCAUAUGGAGCAAGUUUUGAGUGAUAUCCCAGGUGUAAAAGUGUUUUUAGAUGACAUAAAAAUCACAGCGGAAAAUGAUUCGGUUCACUUACAGCGUUUGGAAGAAGUACUUCGAAGAUUAAAUCAUUACAAUAUGCGAGUGAAUUUGGAUAAGUCUGAAUUUAUGGUAGAUCGUAUAGAAUAUUGUGGGUAUAUGAUAGACUGCAAUGGAAUUCAUAAAAUGAGAAGCAAAAUUGACGCGAUACAAAACAUGAAACAGCCAAGCAAUAAAGACGAAGUAAGAGCUUUCGUGGGUCUCAUAAAUUACUAUGGAAGAUUUUUAAAAGGGUUGAGUACGAUUUUAUAUCCUAUAAAUAACCUUUUAAAGGACAAGGUAUUUUUUUAUUGGGAUGAGGAUUGUGAAAAAUCAUUUCAAUCAGUAAAAAAACAGAUGCAGUCAGAUGUGAUAUUAGCCCAUUACGAUCCAAAAUUGCCAUUAAUACUGGCAACAGAUGCUAGUCCAUACGGAGUGGGUGCAGUUCUCAGCCAUGUCUACCCAGAUAAGAGCGAAAGGCCUAUUCAAUACGCAUCACAAACACUAUCAAAAGUUCAACAAAAAUACAGUCAAGUGGAUAGGGAAGCAUACGCGAUCAUCUUUGGUAUUAAAAAAUUCUACCAGUACGUGUAUGCUAGGCGAUUUACUUUAGUCACUGACAACAAGCCAAUAUCCCAGAUUUUGUCACCACAUAGAGGACUACCAACACUUUCAGCUACACGUAUGCAACAUUAUGCAAUUUUUCUUGAAUCAUUUGACUAUGACAUUCGGUAUAGAAAAUCAAAAGAAAAUGCAAAUGCCGAUGCAAUGUCACGUUUACCUGUAGCAGAAAAGUACAAUGCCAUUGAGGAAAUCGAUUUACUUGAAGUUGACGCCAUCACGAAAUUGCCUGUUACAGUGGAUCAAUUAAGCAAAGCAACUGAAAGAGAUGAGCAAGUUAAAACUUUAAUAAAGGCAUUGCAGUUCGGGAGGGAAUGUGAUUCCAAGGACAGAUUUGGAAUUAAUCAAACCGAAUUUGCGAUGCAGCAGGGGUGUUUAAUGAGAAACAUACGAGUAUAUGUACCGAAGGAGUUAAGAGCACGAGUCUUAGCCGAAUUACACUCUUCUCAUUUUGGAAUGACCAAAAUGAAAACACUGGCCAGAGGAUAUUGCUGGUGGCAAAAUAUGGAUCGUGAUAUCGAGCAAAUGGUGAUGAACUGCACAGACUGUCAACUUACACGACCAGAAGCAAACAAAAUUCAACCCACACAUUUCUGGGAAAUGCCGGGAAAGCCGUUUGAGCGGGUACAUGCAGAUUUCGCUGGCCCAUUUAGAGGUAAUUACUUUUUUAUUCUAGUUGAUGCCUUCACUAAGUGGCCAGAGGUGCACGUAAUCCCAAAUUUGACGACAGAAAUAACGAUACAAAAAUGUCGAGAAAUUUUCAGUACAUUUGGCUUACCGAAAAUAUUUGUUAGCGAUUGGGGAUCACAGUUCAUGGCGGAUAGUUUUCAGAGAUUUUUGAAAAACAAUGGCAUUCAGCACAAGCAAGGUGCUCCAUACCACCCAUCGACAAAUGGUCUUGCCGAACGUUAUGUGCAAACCUUUAAAAACAAACUUAAAGCAAUUAAUUGUAACAAAAAGUUAAUAAGUCAAGAAUUAUCAAACAUUUUAUUCGCUUACAGACGUGCUAUACAUCCAGCUACUGGGAAAUCUCCAUCAAUGCUCAUGUUUGGACAUCAAAUAAGAACGCGCCUGGACUUAAUGCUACCAGUUGAAAACAAAAUACAUCGAAAUAAUUUCAAUGAGAACAUCAAACCCAAAUUUGUAUUAAAUGAAAGGGUUGCAGUGCGAGAUUAUUUAUCAGCAGUUAAAUGGAAAUUCGGUAAAGUGAUUGAAAUAGUCGGACAAUUACAUUUCAUGGUGAAGUUAGAUGAUGGGCGAAUCUGGAAAAGGCAUACCGAUCAAAUGCGCAAGGUUGGUGAAGAGGUGAGAUCUAGAGAACUAUUUAUAUGCAACAAGGAAAAUGAUAUCAUUGAGGAGGAGAACGAAGGUCCAAGUACAUCAAUGGAAUUACCAAUUAAACCACAAAGAACCACUAGUAUAGCAACAGAGACAACGGAGGUGCCAAUAGUUUCUGAGGCAGGCGAUGAACCGGCAGCGGAUGCAGGAGGUUCAGGUAAGGAAAAUAAUCAGGAAGUGUUAAGACGAUCAGAGAGACAAAGAAGGAAACCGGAUAAAUGGGGUUACGAGAAGAUAUAA